ACCGUCUGAAGCAAGGAAUUACGGCCGCGGAAGUUGUAGCUGUCGGUGCCAAAGUGUCUAAAAUGAUGGCCCAGUGCCAGAAAGCGCUGGACCAGUUUGCUAUUAAGCAGUUGGAAGAAGUCAUGGAGUCAUCUAGGAAAGGGGAAAUCAGACCAGAAGUGACCGAGGCUAUGAUUGACGCAAACAUCCAGCAAUUAAGAGAGGCGCUGACUGCGGAAGAAAGGAAGAAGGAAGAACUAGCUCGGAAACAUGAACAGGAACUGAGAAGGGAACAAAAAGUGAAUGAAAUUAGACAAGUGAUAGGAACAAAAGGGAAGGAACAGACUGACCUGACACAGACAUUGUAUCACAUCAUGACUUACCUCACCUUCUUGGAAGAGAAGAUUGACAGACAGCAAAGCCAGUUAGAUGAAAUUGUUGUAGGAUUGCAAACUGUCACAAACAUUGUGAAAGGGAAGCAUCCGGUAGAAAAAAAACAAGGAGAGGUUCAGGAAGACAAGAAACAAGUUAAAAAGUUGAUGAGUGAUGCAAUGAAAUCCGCUGAUCCUCAGGAUCAGAAGACGUCUAAUGGAGGGGGAUCAAGUCCACCAUCUUCUCCACCGAACACUCCUUCUUCUCCUCCCUCCUCUCCACCUCCACAGCCUCCAGCUUCUCUGCAAGGUAAGGUAAGUACGGAACCGGUAAAGCUGAAAAUGAAAGAAGAAGUGAAGAUGAAAUUGCCAUUCACGUUUUGCAACAAGAGGGAUGAGAACUUAUUGCUCUGGAUAGCGGAAAUUCAGACAUACUAUAGCACGACCCCUGUUGAAUCUGAGUCCCAGGUUGCUUUCUCUACCUCUUGUCUUGGGGGGGAAGCUAAGGAAUGGGUAUUGGUCGAAGCUAACGCUGCAGGGUUCGAUGACAUUGGCACAUGGACUAGGACAUUGACUCUGAAGCAGUUCCUUGGUAAAAUCAAUGAACACUUUUUGGACAAGACAACGACCGAUAAGGCCUUUGACCAGCUCACCACCAUUGGACAAAGACAUUGGACCUCAAUGGAAGCACUGUCCCGAGAGGUUGACCGGUUGCUGCAGGUUCCUGGAUUGAACCUGCAAGACAACCAAGUCUUGUAUAUCUAUUCCCGCGCUCUACCCGCGCCCAUUCAUGGACAACUCGUGGCAGAAUCGAAAUUCGGAAAGUACAAUUAUAGGCAGUUUCGCGAUUUGGCUCUCCAGCGAGAGCAAAUGACUUCACAGGUAAAGAAUUCUUAUGCCUCUGUAGUAAAGUAUGGGGGUGGAGGAGGCGCAGGCGUAGGUAAGCGGGUACUCUGGCGCCAAAAGCGCUAGGACCACACCCUCGUCGUCUUUGACGACGAUACUGUGGAGAAGUGGUCAUUGGAGGCCGAGAGUGUGGUGAGCAACAAUGAUUCCGGGAAGGGGGAAGUCACUGCUGCCGUGGUCAACAAGGGAGGACCACGACCACCAGGAAAGGAGAAGAAGCCACGCUCGUUUUCCGAGCAUCCCGGAAUUGCGGCUGGGAGGCCAUAGGAGAAGAUGGGAAUUACACAAGAAUUGUGGCAGGAAAGAAUGAACAAUGCCCAAUGUC